AUGCACGGUGGUGUGUGUCUCAGCCAGAGCUUCAUCCUCUUUUCCUGCGUCAUGGGCAUUUUGUACAUCUGCCUUCACAUCCAAGCCGCCUAUCGUAACGAACCGAUCAACCGGGCAUAUGCUGCCCAGCACCCACUGCAUACCUCCACCAUCGUGGUUGCUCGAAUCGAUACCAUCGCUUGGAUCAUUUCACUUAUUGCUGUCAGCGUGGCCGUCUCGAAAGAGAACAUCGCAACGCUCUAUGUCAACCUCGUCUCUUGUUCGGUUGCCAUUCCUGCAAUGGUCACUACUCUCAUUAUGGUUGAGAAGGCAGCCAGGCCCUUCGAUCUCCCAUGGAUCACCAAGCACGCCGAGAUUACGUGCCGCGUCAGCGCCCUCGACGUCGACGCCAUCCUCGAGAAGAGCAUCUCGCGACGGCCCUCCGUCAACGACUUCCCAACCCCGAUGUCAGAAGGGCCCGCCGGACCGAGAUCGCCCCCAACGGCGGGAAACGACCUUGGCUCUUUCUCCAAGUUCGAUGAGAAGACCAGAAACGGGUACUUCUCCAUGACCACCGAGACAGCCCCCGAUGAUCGCGCCUCUAUUGGCGGUCCCCGCCAGAUGCCGUCAACCCUGCAACCACCACCGGCCGUAGCCCGCAAUCCCAGCUGGCGGCGCCAGUGGAGCGCCCUCGCCGCCGAGACGGGCGUGCCGUCGUCGGCCGCCAGCAGCGUGUCGAAGGGUUCAUGGAGCACCAUGACACCUUCCUCGGCCUUCACGGGCACCCGCACACUCGAGACGGUAUCUGAGAUACCCACCAGCCCAACCAGCCCGUACCCGACGGCCGACAGCAAGGGGAGACUCUACGCCACGCCGACGUCCAGCAUACCCGACUCGCAGAAGAGGUCGCCGCUGGCCACAACGCGGUACGCCGACGCGCCGCACAUGGCCAUCCAGCCGGAGAUCCGCGUCCUGGGGCCCGACGGCGUGAGCAGGCAGCUAUCAGCGCGGUCCGGGAUGUCGUGGUCAGCGAGGAGGCAGUUGAAGGGUGCGCAAGAGGCGUUGAAAGCUCAUCGGAUGAGGGUCCUUGGUGGUGGGGAGCGAAGAAGUGCACCAUCUCAGCAAGAAGUGAGUGAGCCGAAGGAGAGGAGUAUGGCGAUCCCCGGCAGCUUCUUUGAUGAUUAA